AUGCAUCUAACAGCAGUGAACCAAAGCGAUGUCUGUCAGGAGCAUGCGUGUCCAGAGAGAUCUGUUUCUUUAUCUGUCUAUGUGAUUCUGUAUGUGGCCGCAGCAGCUGUGUCUCUUCUGACUGUGUGUGGAAACCUGCUGGUCGUCAUCUCUGUUAGUCACUUCAAGCAGCUCCACACACCUGCUAACAUCCUUAUCUUCUCUUUGGCUAUGUCUGAUCUCCUUACUGGACUUGUUGUGAUGCCAUUUCACUUGACUUUGUUGAUUGAAUCAUGUUGGACUUCUGGAUCAGUGAUGUGUUUGGUUUUCAAUUUUGUGAGUUUUCAGGUGACAAGCGUGUCUGUUCACACUGUGGCUCUGAUAGCAGUUGAUCGGUUUUUGGCUUUAAGUUCUCCUUUUCUUUACUCUGAGAAAAUCUCACCCACUGUGAUCUGCAUUGCAACUUUAUUUAACUGGUUGUUUUCACUCCUUUAUAACUUCACUCUUCUUUACAUUAAUGGAAACUUCACUGAUGUCACGUGUCCAGGAGAAUGUGUUUUUAUUAUAGAUGGAGUUUCAUCUCUAAUUGAUCUUCUGAUUGUGUUUCUUAUGCCAUGCACAGUCAUUAUAAUAUUAUACACUCAUGUUUUUUUCAUUGCUAAAAAACAUGCGACUGCUAUACGAGCUCUUCAGGUUCACAACAGCACACAAUCCUCCAAAAACAGAGUCAGUGACAAAUCAGAGCGAAAAGCUGCCGUACAGCUGGGGAUUCUGGUCGUUGUGUUUCUCUUGUGUUUACUGCCAUAUUAUAUUUGUUCUUUAGUGAUUCCAUACAGUCAUGCUGACUUGUUUUAUGUCAGAGAUGUUUCUACAGUAGUUUUCUAUCUGAACUCCACUAUUAAUCCCAUCAUUUAUGCUUUAUUCUAUCCCUGGUUUCAGAAGAUCUUAAAAUUAAUUUUUACAUUUAAAGUGUUUAAUAAAGACUCAUGCCUAAUGAAUGUGCUCUAA